AAUUUUUGAGAAAAAUAAUCGUAAAAUUAAGCUAGUUUACACAAUUUCUACUGUCCACUUUAGAAAUGAGUUCUCACGGUAAGCUAGAAACUGAAAAGUUAAGAAAGAAUUUGGAAACACAAUUGGACAGGCUAGUGCAACAAUUGGAAGAUAUAGAAGAAAGCCGGAGUUCAUUGGAUGAAGAUGCAUACGAAGAAGCUAUGCAACUUACAAAAGAAGAUUUACAAGAGUUUAAUGAAAGUUUACAGAGAAUGAUAUCUGGUAAUACAACGUUAGUUGAUGAAUUGGGUGCCAUACAGUUGGCAACACAGGCAGCAAUUAGUGAAGCAUUCAAAACUCCUGCUGUUAUAAGAAUGUUUGGUAAACGAGAAACAACACAACUUAGGGAAUGUUUAUCCCAAAUUUACUAUGACAUGAAACUUGGAAAAUUAACUAAAGAAUCUGGUGAUCGUCAGCGUGGAGAGGUUUUAAAUGCACUGAAGCAGCUUGGAGAAAAAUUAGAACCCCAAGAAUUACAAUUAUUGGAAAAACUGAAAUCGAGUAAUAUAGAUGCAGCUAGUUAUAUACAAGUCAAUGAAAGUACAGAAAAGGGUAAAAUGGCUAUGGCAGUAGUUGGUGAUGAAGUUAGAACUACACAAAACACUUAG